AUGACACUGAAUGAGGAGCACAUAACCACAUCCAGUAUGCCAGAGUACUUCUUGCUGGAGAUGACCUACAAACACGAUGAGGCAUGUUGUGAGACAUAUUUUGGAUUUGACGAAGAAUCUGUUGACUCUGAAACAUCAUCUCUGACAUCAUAUAACACCGACCGCACAGAUCACACCCCUGCCACCCCUGAAGAGGAUCUUGAAGAUGGCUUUUCUCGAGAGGAGGCAGAGCUGCGAUUUCGGCAGCUGACACGAGAGUACCAGGCACUGCAGCGAGCUUACGCACUUCUGCAGGAGACUACGGGGCCUCUGGACCCCGAGAGACACUGCAGGACACGGGAGCAGCUGCAGACGGAGCUGAUUGGCUGUCAUGCACGGAUUGUCGACCUGGAGCGGAGCUUGGCAGAGAAGGGGCAGGACUCAAAAUGGGUGGAGGAAAAGCAAAAUCUUCUCAGGGUGAACCAGGAACUCAGAGAAAAGAUAGUAUCGCUGGAGCAGUGUGAAAUGCGAUUACGCUCGGAAGUUCAAGACACCCUGGAUCAGAAUGAGCUGCUUGAAUUCCGCAUUCUAGAACUGGAAGAGAGGGAACGCCGUUCUCCUGCCUUUAACCUGCAAAUCUCUGCCUCUGAAAACAACAGUAGCCUACAGCUUCACUGCCAGCAAGAAGGUGUCAAGGAUGUCAUCAUUCCCGACCUCAUGAAAAAGCUUGACAUUCUUGGAGAUAAUGGGAACUUGCGAAACGAGGAGCAAGUCACAGUCAUUCAAGCAGGCACUGUGCUGUCUUUAUGUGAAAAGUGGCUGAAGCAGAUCGACAGCACUGAGGCAGCUCUGACACAGAAAAUGAUUGAUCUGGAGAAUGAAAAGGAGCUGUUCAGUAAACAGAAAGGUUUCCUGGAAGAGGAACUAGACUACAGGAAGCAAGCUCUUGAUCAGUCCCAACUGAGGGUACAGGAGCUGGAGGCCACGUUAUACGCUGCACUGCAGCAAGAUCCAGAGAGCUGUGUGGGGGAGAGUUUAAGUGACAGGCAGCGAGCAAAGCUGGCCGAAUCAAUGGAUGCAGUGCGGAGACAGAUCUUGCGGCAGAGUCGCCAUGCUGACACGCUCAUCCUACAACAGCGCAUGGAGCUUCUCCAGUCUGCACAGCAGAGGAUCAGAGAACUUGAAGAUAAGAUUGACAUGCAGAGAAGACAAAUCAAAGAGAUUGAAGAGAAGCUUUUAUUCUCUGGCCUUAACAAUCCCCUGCCCCAACACACACACAUACGCACACACACAUAUCAUAUUCUUUCUAUGUAUCUCUUUCUGUCUCUUUUCUGUCUUCUUUCUUAAACAAACAGAGGUGCAGUAUCAAGACAAAGAUACAAACUCAUCUUGCCACUAAAACCUUUGUAACACAAUCAUUCCUCAGUUUGUUGUACAAAACAUGUUUUUAAAUAUUUUAUGAAA